AUGCUUGAUGUAAAAGUGUUGACUCCAGUGUUUCGUCGUCCGUCACAAGAUGAGCCCGAAGAUGGUGAACCGCAGACGAUUCAUCCGAAUAAGGAACAGCUAAGUCGACGGUAUGCCAUCAUUCCCGAACAGCCUCAUCAACAUCAAGAAAGCUCCCAAGAAGGCUGUUGCUCAUCUGACAAUGUGAUUAUCGUACCACACGUUCAGAUCUCACCUAAUGAGUCGCACCUCUUCAAUAGAGCCAUCAGUUCCGGUGGUGGCCUGUUAGCAGACUUACAACGGGCAACAAUCUCGGCCCAGGCUUUCUAUGCCGAGAAUAAUGAGCCACCAAAGACGCGAUCACCGUGGAUACUAAAACGUUUGUACGAGUGGUCAAAUCGGGCGAAACGACGUGAAAUCAUCAAGCACGUACAGGCCGCUUUGGAGAUGUCGGUCGACCAUGAAUUGGAAGAUGAUGAACUUGAAAAGUUACUUGUAAGUAUUGGUGUUCCCACAUCUGCCUUCAUGUGGGAAUGUGUUCAAAAUGAAUUUGUUACAGCCAGUUUCAUGGGAAGAAAUAAGCUGAAGUAUUUGCAAGCUGUAUGGGAACUGUUUCAUUCAGAAUUAAAAUUUCUUCAUCACCAGCUGCUUGUCUUACGAAAUGUAUAUAAGGAGCCACUAAAGAAGUGCCAAGUAGAAGGCUGUCUAUUGACAGUCGAACCUGAUCUCCUAUUUGGGAACCUCGAUCAGUUGUGCCGAAUUUCUCGAGGAUUCUGUCAGACUUUCCUUAGCCUCCUGCCAUCUGUUAAUCAUGAAGGGACCGAUUAUGAUUGUACGGAUCUUGUUGUGAAACUAUUUGAAAAGUUUUCCAAAGGUCCGUCAACAAUUUCUGCAUAUCAAGCAUAUUGUAUUAAUUAUAAAGCCACAAUGGAAUAUCUUGGUUCGAUUCGACAAAAGGAAGAACGUUUUACGGAGUUCGAGCGGAUAUGCCUAGCCGAUGAGCGAUGCUUCCGAUUACAACUCGAAGAUCUUCUCAUAGCUCCAUUGCAAAGAAUAACUCGAUUGCCAAUUCUACUUCGUGAAAUCCAUAAGUAUACUGAAGAACAAGAAAAUAAGGCAAAAAUUGAAAAAGUGAUUGAUUCGAUGACCGAAAGCCUUCGAUCAAUCGACGACAGCGUUCAGUGGUUGCACAAUUUCGAGCGCCUACAGCAACUCCAAACUCAGGUUAUCUGGCCAUCAAUUAGCGAAUUGGAACCUCGAGCUUUCGUUCCAGACUUCCUCAAAGUAGCCCUUUCUCGGCAGUUCUGCGAAAACCUUUUGGCUCAUCCACGGAGAAAACUUAUCCAUGAGGGCCCACUUGAACUAGUCGAGAAUGGUCGAACAGUGGACGUCUACGCAUUCCUCUUCAACGAUAUGUUCGUUUUGUCAAAAGCGAAGAAGUGUGCCAGCAAGCUACGAGUGAAAGGCGCGCCCAUUGGCAAGAGCGAUCACUACGUUGUCCAGCGGCAGCCGGUCCCUUUGGAUUCGUGUGUAUUCUGCGAUGCAGACUCGAACGACUCGAAUAGCUCACUUUCACUCAAAUUUGCCUUUGUAAUUAUUCAUCUCACACGAUACUACCAAGUCGUUGCCAUUUAUACACUUCAGGCUGCAGACAAACAUGACAAGGAGCUAUGGAUUGAGAAAUUCCAAGAAUCAAUUGAAAACUAUGAAUCAAUACAGCUCAAAGACAUGUUGAAAUGCACGCCGUUGUUUUCCAGUCUAUCAUUGAGAAGGUAA